AUGGCACCAAGAAAAAGGAAAAUCAUAGCAACAACCAUUAUAUGUACAGAUAAAGAACUUGCCAGGGAAGCAAGAGCUUAUAGGAAAAGAAUUUUGAUGAGGAAACGAGGUGCAUUACGAGUAGAUACUAUACAUGAUACUUCAACUCCUCCACAAUUUGAAGGUUGCAUUCAGGGUGCAAAUAGUACUUUGGAAUCUGGAAGUUCUAUGCAAGAUAAACAACGUGCAAAAGGAGCGAGAGCCAAUAGAAAAAGAAUUUUGAUGACAAAGAGAGGUGCACAAGCAACAAUUACUAUACUUAGUAAUGUUACUCCUUGGGAUUUUGGAAGCCCAACUUGCAUAUGUGAAUUUUGCGGUGCGGUUUUGUGGUAUGAAGAAAGAAGUGAAAGAACCAAAAGAUCUAUCCACCCAAAGUUUUCCUUUUGUUGCAUGCAAGGUAGAGUUCAACUUCCUCUAAUGAAAGAGCCUCCAGAGUUUAUGAAAAGUUUGCUUGAGGGAGAUAAUAAAACAAGAAGAUCUCAUUAUAUAAACAACAGCAGAAGAUAUAAUGGUAUGUUCUGUUUUACUUCAAUGGGAGGUAGGGUUGAUAAAAGAAUGAAUAUGGGCAGAGGCAGUUAUGUGUUAAAAAUUGGUGGUCAAAACUAUCAUAAAAUAGGUUCACUAAAGCCACCUCCGGGAAAAAAUCCUGGUUUUGCUCAACUCUAUAUACAUGAUACACAAAAUGAGAUAAAAAAUAGGAUGCAAUGCUUUGGAGGUCAACAAACAACUGAUGAGCUUGAUGCUGAAAUUGUUGAAGGUUUGUGUAAAAUGUUGGAUGAGUAUAAUCCAUAUGUUAAAUCUUUUAGAAUGGCAAGAGAUCGAUUUCAGUUAGAAGAAGUGGUUGAUGUUCGUUUGCGAUUAAUCAGUACAAGGGAGAAAGACGGUAGGGUAUAUGACACCCCUACAGCAUCUGAAGUAGCUGCACUUAUUGUUGGUGAUUUUAGCAGUGAAAGUACGGGCAGAGACAUUAUAGUGGAGCAUAUGCAACAAGGAUUACAAAGAAUAACUGAACUUCAUCCGUGUUUCAUGCCUAUGAUGUAUCCGUUAAUUCACAUAUAUGGUGAAGAUGGUUAUCGAAUAGAUGUUCAACACAGAGAUGCAUCCAAUGGUCAACGUAAAAGAAACAAGCUAACGAUGAGGCAAAUGUUUGCAUUUCGGUUACAGUUUAGAUUCAAUGAGGGACACACACUCUUAUUGUGUGGUAGACUGUUGCAACAAUAUAUUAUAGAUGCAUAUAUGGCUAUGGAAGAGGAGAGGUUUAGAUGGAUACGAAACAAUCAGUCAAAAUUGAGAGCUGAUCUUUUCAAUGGCUUAAUGGAUGCAAUAUCUAAUGGAGAUACAAUUGCUGCUAAAGUUGGAAAAUUUAUUGUUUUGCCUUCAAGCCAUUUAGGUAGUCCGAGAUAUAGAGUACAAAGUUACCAAGACGCAAUGGCUAUUUGUAGGUGGGCUGGAUAUCCGGAUCUGUUCAUAACUUUUACUUGCAAUCCUAAAUGGCCUGAAAUAAAACAUCUCAUGCAAUUACUAAAAGGUGAAGAUGAUUAUAGUCGUGUCGAAGUUAUCUGUAGAGUGUUUCAAAUUAAAGUAAAUGAAUUGAUUCAUGAUAUCAAGCACAAAAGAUAUUUUGGACGUACAACUGCAAUUUUGUACACAAUUGAGUUUCAGAAGAGAGGUCUCCCUCAUGCACAUAUACUGGUGUUCUUACAUCCUGAUGAUAAGAAGCCAACUGCCAGCCAGAUUGAUAACAUUAUCUCGGCUGAAAUUCCCUCAAAGGACUAUGAUCCACUAGGUUAUGAAGCUGUUACUAAGCAUAUGAUGCAUGGACCAUGUGGGAAUGGAAAUGAGAAAUCUCCUUGUAUGGUCGAGGGUAAGUGCUCAAAGCAUUUUCCUAAAAAAUUUACUGAAGAAACAUCAAUUGACGAUGAAGGAUUCCCAGUAUAUAGAAGAAGGAAUAAUGGUGUUUUUGUAGAGAAAAUGGGAAUAAGGAUGGAUAACAGUUUUGUUGUGCCUUACAACAGGGAUUGCAUAGUGAAGUUUCAAGGUCAUAUAAAUGUAGAAUGGUGCAAUCGAUCGAGAUCAAUAAAAUACUUAUUUAAGUAUAUUAAUAAGGGACCUGAUCGAGCAAAAGCUUGCAUUCAAACGUCAACAGAAUCUCCAAGUACUUCAAAUCAAAAUAUGACUGAUCCUGAUGAGAUAAAGUCAUAUUUAGACUGCAGAUAUAUAUCUGCUGUUGAAGCAUGCUGGCGGAUAUUCCAAUUUGAUAUGUUCUACAGAGACCCGGCCGUUGAAAGAUUACCUUUUCAUUUAGAGAAUGAGCAAACUGUUAUUUUUAAUGAAAAUGAUUCAUUGCCUGAAGUUGCAGAGAGACCAAGUACUGUGAGGACAAAAUUAACAGAAUGGAUGAUAGCAAAUGCAAAUAAUGAAGAUGCUCGAGAGCUUACGUAUACUGAUUUCCCUACAAAAUGGGUAUGGAAUGACAAGAACAGGUCGUGGACUAGAAGAAAAUUAGGGAAUUGCAUUGGAAGAAUUUACUUUGCUCAUCCUUCAAGUGGAGAAAAAUAUUAUUUGAGGAUGCUAUUGAAUGUUGUUAAAGGCAGUAAAUCUUUUGCUAAUAUUCGUACUGUAAACAACGUUGUGCAUCCAACAUUCAAAUCGGCAUGCUAUGCACUUGGACUAUUAGAUGAUGAUCGAGAAUGGUUUGAUUGCCUAAAGGAAGCAUCUAACUGGGCUACUGGUGACCAGAUUCGAAGAUUAUUUGCCACAAUAUUAGCUCAUUGUGAAGUUUCUAAUCCAGGUGAGUUGUGGAAAUCAAACUGCGAGAUACUAGCAGAUGGGAUAUUACACCGAUUAAGAAGCAGACCACACUGUAUCAAUGUCCACUUUACUGAAGAAGAGGUUUACAACCAUGCAUUAAUAGAUAUUGAUCAAUAUUUGAAAGAACUCGGCAAAUCUGUAAGAGAUUAUGAUGAGAUACCAAUGCCAGAUACCUCUACAUUCAGAAAUAUAAGCAAUACCCUUUUGCUACAAGAGAUGAACUACGACAUACGCCAAGAGAUCGAAUUGAAUGAUCAAUAUCAAUCAGGAUUAAACACUGACCAACAAGCAAUUUAUGACGCGGUGAUAAAUUCUGUUAACGAGCAAAAAGGAAAACUUAUUUUUGUUUAUGGACAUGGUGGUACUGGAAAGACCUUCUUAUGGAGAGCAAUCAUACAUAAACUUCGAUCCGAGUCAAAAAUAGUUCUGCCGGUUGCUACAUCUGGAAUAGCGGCUCUACUACUUCCGGGUGGUAGGACAGCCCAUUCAAGGUUCCACAUCCCGUUGGAAAUUAAUUCUGAAUCAGUUUGUGAUAUAAAACAAGGGACUCAACUUGCACAUUUAAUCCAAAGUACAGACUUAAUUAUAUGGGACGAGGCACCGAUGACUCAUAAAUUUUGUUUUGAAGCAUUGGAUAGAAGCUUAAGGGACAUACUGAAAUUCAAAUAUCCCAAUGCCGAAAAUCAACCUUUUGGAGGAAUAACCGUUGUUUUAGGUGGGGACUUUAGACAAAUCUUGCCUGUGAUUCCUAAAGGAGGAAAGAAUGAUAUAAUCAAGGCAGCGAUUAACUCUUCAUAUUUGUGGGAGCACUUUAAAGUUUACAGGCUACAUAAAAAUAUGAGACUCAUGAGUACUCAUAUUGAAAACAAUUGCAAUAAUUCAGUGGCUGAAUUUGAUAAAUGGCUUUUACAAAUUGGGGAUGGAAACUUAUCCUCUGAUGAAGACGACGAUUUAAUCGAAUUACCAACUGAGCUUUUGGUAUGCGAAUACGAAGAUCCUAUCACUGCUAUUGUGAAUGCAACAUAUCCAAACUUACUUCAACGAUACUCAGAAGACGAGUACUUGCAAGAGAGAGCCAUUUUAGCGCCAAAGAAUGACACUGUAAAAGAAAUUAAUCAAGUUGUUAUGGAACAAUUGCUAGAAGAUGCAGUUAGUUAUUAUAGCUCUGAUUUCGUAUGCAAAGCUUCUUCAAAUAUCAAUGAUCAAGACAUCCUUUAUCCCACCGAAUUUCUUAAUACGUUGAAGUUUUCUGGUGUUCCAGAUCAUAAUUUGAAGUUGAAGGUAGGUGUCCCUGUAAUGUUGAUGAGAAAUAUUAAUCAAUCUGCAGGAUUAUGCAAUGGAACAAGAAUGGUUAUAACACACCUUGGAAAAUGGUUUGUGCAAGCAAGAGUAUUUACGGGCAAAAAUAAAGGAGACGGCGUAUUAAUACCGAGAAUCACAAUGACUGAAACAGAUUCUAGGUGGCCUUUCAAGAUGAAGAGAAGGCAGUUGCCAUUAUCUGUGUGUUUUGCUAUGACUAUAAACAAGAGUCAGGGACAAUCUUUCAAGCAAGUCGGACUGUUAUUGCAAAAUCAAGUGUUUGCACAUGGCCAGCUCUAUGUAGCUCUAUCUAGAGUGACAUCAAAAAAUGGUUUAAAGAUACUCAACGCUGAUGAAGAAACUGGUGGAAGCCAAUUAAUUCGAAAUGUAGUGUAUCAUGAAAUUUUUUCCUCUAUUGGUACUGUCAAUGAGAUGUAA